UUGACCUCGCCCACCAGUUGAUUGUUUCCUUCGAAAACCCCUAACUCUCUUCCCUUCCUCUCCUCCUUCUCUUUUCUUUUUGUCCGAUUCACUAAGAGUGCCAAAAAGGAACUCAAAUAAAGCUUCUCAGGAGUUUGAUUCGAAUCUAGGGUUAAGCUUUAUCGAUGAGUGCGAUAAACAUCACAAACGUGAGCGUAUUGGAUAACCCAGCGCCAUUCGUGAGCCCUUUUCAGUUCGAGAUUUCCUACGAGUGCUUGACUUCUCUCCAAGACGAUCUCGAAUGGAAACUUGUCUACGUAGGCUCAGCAGAAGAUGAGACUUAUGAUCAAACCCUAGAGAGUGUGCUUGUUGGGCCUGUUAAUGUUGGCAACUACCGCUUUGUCUUACAGGCUGAUCCUCCGGAUCCAUCAAAGAUCCGGGAGGAAGACAUCAUCGGUGUCACUGUGCUGCUGCUGACGUGUUCGUACAUGGGUCAAGAGUUCUUGAGAGUUGGAUAUUACGUGAACAAUGACUAUGAAGAUGAGCAACUCAGGGAAGAGCCUCCAACUAAGGUUUUGCUCGAUAAAGUCCAGAGGAACAUCCUCUCCGACAAACCUAGAGUCACUAAAUUCCCUAUCAAUUUUCAUCCUGAAGACGAGCAGACUCCUGCUGCUGAUUCAGAUCCUCCUCUUCCUCCUACUGAACAAUCUGAUGAACAACAACCUGAUGACAACUGUGGUGAACCUCAAGCUUUGCCUGACUCUCCUGCUGAAAAACCUGAUAGCAACUGUGGUGAAGCUCAAGUUUUGCCUGAUCAGCCACCAAAACCCCAUGAAUCAUGAUUCUAUUUUAAGCCAAGGUCUAGUUGAAUGAGAAACUGGAUGAGAACUAUCUUCUCCUCCCUGUCUGGAAGAUCUUUUCAUUUUUGUUAAAUUUAUCACAAAACAUUAUCUGGAAGUUCUGUCUUGUUUGUGGAGGCUUUAGGUAAGCGGUUCCUUA